UUAACGCGUCUGAGCUCGUGAGGGGUUUGAGCUCCUCCAGGCGAGGGUGUCUCUGCGCCCCUGGGCUCCGAGGAGGAGGGGCCCCGAGCGUGCUGUUUCCCAGCCCCCCAGGGCCCCUCUGAGCAGGACCUGCGCUCAGCUUUGCCAGCUUGAUGUCCUGAAGGGGAAGGAGGGAGGAAGCGGGCGGGAGAGGGAGCUGUGGGCUUCGGGAGCCGUCCCUAUGCUUUGGGUGUACUUCAUUCACUUUCCCCUCCCGCCUGCUAGGAUUGCGGAUUUCCAGGACGUCCUGAAGGAGCCCACCAUCGCCCUGGAAAAGCUCCGGGAACUCAGUUUCAGUGGCAUCCCCUGUGAGGGCGGACUGCGGUGCCUCUGCUGGAAGAUCCUCUUGAACUACCUCCCGUUGGAGAGAGCCUCAUGGACCUCCAUCCUGGCCAAGCAGAGGGAGCUGUACUCCCAGUUCCUGAGGGAGAUGAUCAUCCAGCCCGGCAUCGCCAAGGCCAACAUGGGUGUGUCCAGGGAGGACGUGACCUUUGAGGACCACCCCCUCAACCCCAACCCUGACAGCCGGUGGAACACGUAUUUCAGGGACAACGAGGUGCUGCUGCAGAUCGACAAGGACGUCCGGAGGCUGUGCCCAGACAUAUCGUUUUUCCAGAGGGCCACCGAGUACCCCUGCCUCCUCAUUCUGGACCCUCAGAAUGAGUUUGAGACCCUUCGUAAGCGGGUGGAGCAGACAACACUGAAGUCCCAGACAGUGGCCCGGAGCCGGAGCGGGGUCACAAAUAUGAGCUCCCCACACAAGAACGCGGCGCCGUCCUCCCUGAAUGAGUAUGAGCUGCUGCCCAAUGGCUGCGAGGCCCACUGGGAGGUGGUGGAGCGGAUCCUGUUCAUCUAUGCCAAGCUCAACCCUGGCAUCGCCUAUGUGCAGGGCAUGAAUGAGAUUGUGGGGCCCCUCUACUACACCUUUGCCACCGACCCCAACAGCGAGUGGAAAGAGCACGCUGAGGCCGACACCUUCUUCUGCUUCACCAACCUCAUGGCCGAGAUCCGGGACAACUUCAUCAAGAGCCUGGACGACUCGCAGUGUGGCAUCACCUACAAGAUGGAGAAGGUCUACUCCACCCUGAAGGAGAAAGACAUGGAGCUCUACCUGAAACUGCAAGAGCAGAACAUCAGGCCCCAGUUCUUUGCCUUCCGCUGGCUGACGCUGCUGCUGUCCCAGGAGUUCCUGCUGCCCGACGUCAUCCGCAUCUGGGACUCCCUCUUUGCUGACGACAGCCGCUUUGACUUCCUCCUGCUCGUCUGCUGCGCCAUGCUCAUAUUGAUCCGGGAGCAGCUGCUGGAAGGGGACUUCACUGUGAACAUGCGGCUCCUUCAGGAUUACCCCAUCACAGAUGUCUGCCAGAUCCUACAGAAGGCCAAGGAACUCCAAGACUCAAAGUAGCCCGGCAGCAGGAGGCCCAGGUUUGGGAGAGAAGCCACCACCAGUCCCCGUACCCUGGCUUCUGGGACAUGAAGAAGCCUUUGGGAUCCCAGCCGAGGGGAAGCUGCAGGACUGGCCCGCUCCAGGCCUCUUCACCUGGCUCCCUCCCCGUAGGCCGCUCCCACUGGGGGCCCACUGUGCCACGCUCCUUCCUGACCCCGAGCCCUGAGCCCUGGCUCGCUCUCCACUCUGCACCCUGGGACCCUUUCCUCAGGCUGCUGAGCAAGAUUGAGCUCCUGAAGUGGUUUCCUGGGGCUGGGGCAGGUUGGGGGCGCUGGGGGCUGCAGAGGCCCCUCCCUGCCUCUGCUCUGCUGCUCCCUCCCCUGCUCUGUUGGGGAAGGUGUUUGGCAGAUGAGCCAGAAACCACCUCUUCUGGCGGUUGGUGCUUGGGCUUGUCCAGGGGGAAAGUGACGCUGAGGCAGCUCAGAAGCUGCAGGCCCUGGCCAGGCCCUGCCCUGCUCACCGAGAGUGUGUCUGUGUGUCUGUCUCUGUCCUCCAGGUCUCCGCCCCUCUGUAUGUCUGUCCAUGCGGACGUGGGGUGGGGAGGGUGUCUGAAUUCCUCUGGGUCUCAGCUUCUCUUUCUCUGCCCCCCCCCCCAGGUCUUUUGCAGAGGCUGUGUGACUUUCUUUGCUCCUUAGCGUUGCUCUGCCUCUGCCCCUUUCUUGGGGUGCCUUACCCCCAGCCUCUUCCCCUCACUCCCCCCUCCUUGGCCUGUGCACCCUGUUCCUCCCCCAGCCCUGGGCUCCCGGGUCCCUCCAACUGGGGGGGAGCCCACAGUGCCUCACUAGAGGGCCCUGAACCUGCCCCCAUCCCCCGAAACCUUGGAAACCAAAAGCUGCUGAGAAACCCGUCAGGCUUUGAGCCUCUUACCCUCCUUCCUGCCCAGGGAUGUUGGAGGGAGAGGGAGAGCCAAGUCUUCCGGAGCUUUCCCCGAAGGAAAAGGGCUACGGUGGUGCUGUCCCAGGGUUUGGGAUCCUAGUGCUUCAGAAGAGGCGUCACUCCUGUGGCUUCCAGGGCCCAUUCCAGGGAGGCGAGUCCCAUGAAGGGCAAACGGGACCAAAGGGAGCCUCCCUGGGCCAGGCGGAGCUGAGCCCAGAGGCCCUGGGUCCUGUUGGCCAGGGGAGCUGCGUGGCCCCCCCAGCAGGCUGAAGGAGGUGCUGGCCCUUCUCUGGUCACCUGCUUGGGGGCAGGUGCACUUAGAGCAGGAGCUGCUGGCUGUGCCCACUGCUGGGCAGUGGGAGGAGCUCGCUUACUCUGGUCAGGUCCCCUCCUUUUGUAAGGAGGCCUAUGGUUUGGGUCUGGGGGGCUGGGUAGUGGAGCCAGGGUCCUCAAAUCCUCAAACGGCUGGCAGGUGCCCUGCUGCCCACAUAGGUGAGGCUUUGGGCCAGGAACUGCUUCCCCCAGACAGCUCCUCCUGUCCCUUGGAUGCUGCUGGGACUUCCUGCACUUGCCUUUUUACCACCUCCUCUCAUAACAGUUUUUGGGAGAUUUUUACUAUUUAUUCAGACUGCUGGUUAUUUAUUGCAGAUUGGAAAGUGCUUGGUUUGGGGGUGAGGGAGGGGCUGGAAGGUAGAAAAGAAUUGGGACUCAGCAUCCUGUCCCCCAACUCUGGAGCCCUCCCGGUUCUCCAGCUCAUCCUGGCUGGGAGCACGCUGAGCUCUGUACUAGAACUGAGCCUAAGGGAGACUUCGCGACCCCUGCCCGGACAGGACAGCGAGGCGUCCCGCCAGCCCGCCCACCUUCCCAGAGCUUGUCGGCGCCUGUUCAGCUCCAGCUCAACUGCACAGCCAGAGGCUUGGCCACAGCCUGGGGCCCAGCAGACACUGCCCAGCUCCCGAACAUUCAUCCCUCCCGCCUGUCCCCUUGCCUUCCCGGGGAGCCUGGGGCCCUACUACUUGAAUCACUGCAUCUAAUUUGCCUCGGAGGCAGGCCUGAGUCCAGUGUUUUCUCCUCGACUUUGGGAUGAAGGUCAGGAGCACAGGGACCAUGCCUGGGUUUGAGAAAAGGACCUGCCCGUGGCAAUUCCCCCUCCACCCCAGACACCCGGAGUGCCCAAGCUUCCUGCGUGGGAAGCUGCCCACAGGGAUUGGACACUCACUGUAUGAGUUCAGCAGGUCUCACUCCAGGGGUUCAGAGUGUCGGUCUGCUUUUUUUUUUUUAAAUCAGUUUUGUUUCUUGAAUCAAUGCUGUUGAUGACAAGUUGUCUUUAAUAAAUCAUGUGUUCUUUGCA